CGAGGGAAACACAAAACGCAAUGAAAGGGCUCGUCCCCACACAGGAAGGUCGUGCUCAUAAACCAUCUCUCUGCUCUUCUUCUCUGUGGAAUUCUCAGCUAUUUCUCACACUCCCUCUCUCCACAUUUUCUCUCUCUGAAUUUCGGAACUUCAUCAGUAGGGAAAAAGAUCAAAGCUGAAACCCCAUCUUCUCCAUUGAUUCUAAGGUUUUCAUCUCUGGGCUUUGUUUUUUGUAAUAAUAACAAAUAAUGGAUGCUCAAGCACGGAAGAAGGCUUUGUAUCGAGCCAAAUUGAAAAACUUAGAAGAAAAGAAGGUCAAGCGCAUCGAAUCACCUCUUGUAAGGUACAAUGAAUUUGAUCAACCUGUCUGUAGGGUCUGUGAUGUCAUUUUGAAAUCUGAAUCCCUAUGGGAUGCACACCAAGCUUCUCGUAAACAUCAUGAGGCAAUUAAAAAUGUCAAAGCCAAUGCUGCUGGACUAACUCGGGCUAACAAUGCAAAACCUGAGGCCCCUAAACCUGAGUCCUCAACUGUAUUGUCUAAUGCUACAUCUGAACCCUCUAUGAAUUUGCAGAAGGCUCAGCUAUCAUCUGGGCUUCCUGCAGAUUUUUUUGAUAAUCAUGUGACAAAGAAGCAAAAAUCUGAUCCAGAUUCAUACAACAAGACUGGGGGUUCUGCUUCUGCUCAAACUCAGUCAAUGGAGCCUCUUGAGUCGAAAAACAAUUUAGACAGAUUGUCCAGUUCUCACUCUGAAAAGAUGGGAAAAAGUGGAAUUCAUCAUGCCAGGGACCUUACCCAGACAUCAGGAAAGAUUGUUGGUUCAGAAACCAAGGAAGUAAAGGGUGCUCUUCCUGAAGGCUUCUUUGACAACAAGGAUGCUGACCUUCGUGCACGUGGUAUUGUGCCUGUUAAGCCGGAUGUCAAGGACGAGUACAAAGAAUUUGAAAAGUUGAUACAGGAGGAUUUGAAGGAGGUGGACAACCGUUUGGAAGAAGAAGAGUUUGAUGCAGCUGAGAUGAUUGAAGAGGCCGAGUCUGUGGAGCAAAAGGUGUAUUGGGAGAAAGUGGAAAUGCUGAAGAAGAAGAAAUUGGAGCUGAAGGCGGCUAGAUCCGGCAGACGGAGUAAAGAGCCUGAGGUCAGAGGCAAGGGGCAUAGCUCUGAAGAGGAUUCAUCCAGUGAUGAUGAUAGUGAUGGGAAUUUCAUGGUUGAUUGGAGAGCACAACACCUGUGAAUACUUCUGUUUGAAAUUUUCUGGUAGCAUCGCCUGUGCAGACAUGUCUAUGUUGGCAUGCAAACACCUGAUUACGUUUGCUGGAGUUUGGUGCUGCUUCUUUCAUUCUGAGCCAUUCUCCAGAUUUUGGCUCAACUGGCUGCUGAUUGAAAGGGAUGGGGAGUGGGGCGAGGAGAGAGUAAGCCCUGGUCCAAGAUCCUAGAAUUUUACAUUGUUUCUGUAUGCGCAUGUAUAUAAAGGGGCAGGUAGAAGAUGUGGGUUUUGGUUGAAACUUGAAUGGUGUAUCCCGAAUUCCGAUACUAAGAUUUAGGGUUUAAUGAAGACAAAUGGGUUAGGAAAGGAAUCAGUUUUAUGCUCUUAUUGUUUAUUUGGAAUUUUUGAGUUC